AUGAUGUUUGAUCCAUUAUUUUACUUAAUGAGAACCUUAUUAUAUUUGAGAGUUGUUCAAUGGUUAUGGAUUAGGCUUCAUAUUGCUUUGGGGUUUUACUUCAAGUGCUGCACGGUGGUCUGGUGUGAUCUUGGUCCUGUGGAUGGACUCGGCUUGACAGGGAUGUCAAGCAUUAAAGGACAAAAUUGUAAGACCUUUGGGUCAAAUCGGAUAAUACCUAGCAGAUUGGGUCCGGGUUCCACAAAUAUGCUAUACGGUGGGACCGUGAGAGUCUCUAAGUGCUACACGGUGGUUUGGUGUAAUCUUGGUCCUGUUGAUAGAUUCGGCUUGACAGGGACAUCAAGAAUUAAAGGCGCUCUAAGUGAUACGAGGAACCUCCAAUCAUUUGAUGUUUCAAGCAACAAUAUAGCUGGAAAGAUACCAAAGAGCCUGAGCAAUUCCUUUAACAACUUUGAAGGAAUGAUUCCCUCUGGUGGCAUAUUCAAUUCUGCCACAAAUAUGUCAUUCUUAGGCAAUCCGCGUCUACGUGGAGCAGCUUCUAGGAGGCCGAUAUGCCCUCAAAAGAAACACUGGUUUCGAUCACCUAUGUUAUUGAUUAUUCUUAUCAUAGUCAUACUUGUUUCAGUGCUCUUAUCAGCCCUAGGCUGUGUGAUUUUAAUCUGCCGCAUUAAACUAAAGGUUUCUUCCAGGAAAACUGAAAGAUCAAGAAAACCUCCAACACCAGAAAUAAGGCACAAUUUCCCCAGAAUCACUUGCAAGGAACUGUCAGAAGCCACUAGAGGAUUUUAUGACCAUAACCUAAUUGGGACAGGUAGCUAUGGACGUGUUUACAGAGGAGUUCUUCAAGAUGGGACAAGCAUUGCUGUAAAGGUGUUACAUUUGCAGUCUGAAAAUUCAACCAAAAGUUACAACAGAGAAUGCCAAGUUCUGAAGAGCGUUAGACACCGAAACCUUAUCCGAAUUAUAGCAGUGCGUAGUUUACCCGAUUUCAAGGCUUUGGUUCUUCCUUAUAUGGCAAAUGGAAGCUUUGAUAGCCGUCUCUAUCCGCAUUCUGAGUCAGGUUUGAGUUCAGGAUCUUCAGAUUUGAGUCUAACUCAGAAAGUUAGCAUUUGCAGUGACAUUGCUGAAGGGAUGGCCUAUCUGCAUCACCAUUCCCCGGUUAGAGUCAUACACUGUGAUCUAAACCGGAGCAAUAUUCUUCUAAAUGAUGAUAUGACAGCAUUGGUUUCGGACUUUGGGAUUGCAAGGCUAGUUAUGGCAGUAGGAGCUGGCAAUGGAAGUGGGGCUACUGAAAACAUGGGAAAUUCUACUCCAAAUAUGUUAGCCGGAUCCAUUGGUUACAUUGCACCAGGUAAUCCUCCUUUGUGUCUCUAGUGCAUCAUCAUCUGUAUUCUCUGACAUUAACAACUUUAAGUCAUUUUCAGUAAUGUAAACAAAUUGUAUUUUUAUCCCAAAUCUUCAAAUCAUUUCAUCAAAAAACUACAACAAAAACAUCAAAAUGGCACACUUAUCAGAUGCGUAUGCCUUGCUAAGCCUUGAUUCAUGCCAAAUUAUCAGUUUUACACAUGAUUCGCUUAUCAGUGUCAUUAUUGUAGAUAUUGGACUUUCAUUCUGUAUUUUUACGCAGAAAAACUAUUCAGUCUUUUCAGGGAGGUUUGCUUCUUUUUUCUUUAAUGAUGCCUUAAAUUCAAAACAAUACAUAUUAAUUCAGUCAACUUUAUGCUGCAGAGUAUGGAUUGGGAUCUAACACAUCUAUCAAGGGAGAUGCAUACAGCUUUGGAGUUGUAGUUCUUGAGACGGUGAGUAGAAAACGACCAACUGAUGACAUAUUUGUUGGUGGUUUAAGCCUGCACAGAUGGGUGAAGAGACACCACUUUGGAAGGGUAGAAAAAGUGGUUGACUCAUCUAUGAUCAGAGCUUUAAGGGAUCAAUCCCCGAAAGUGAAAAGAAUGUGGGAAGUUGCAAUUGGAGAAUUGAUUGAAUUAGGUAUUCUGUGCACGCAGGAAACUCCCUCUACUAGGCCCACCAUGCUUGAUGCUGCUGAUGACCUGGAUCGCCUUAAAAGAUACCUUAGCGGGGAUACUGCUAUGAUAUUCGCCUCUCCUCUGCGAAUAUCUUCUUCCACUCUCGGUG